AUUAACAUCCGGAGCGCUAAACACGAAUGUGUUAUCAGACGAUCAAUAUUUCAGUUUCACCAGCUGUAGUCGUUCGUGCCAUGUUACGUUUGUCAAACACUGUUUAUAUAAAUUUUUAUGUUACUUGAAAUUCAUUUUACUUCGUUCAAAUUAUAAACCAGUUAGGUACAAUGUUUAAUAAAGCUGCAAUCAAAGUGAAAUUCCAAGAUCAGCAAUUGGAUGACUAUGUCCUUGAGAAUUCAGUUUUGAAGAGCAAGUUGCAAAGCAAAGUUGAUGCUCUCUGCAUAAUGAGUAAGGAAUUAGAUAAAUGUAGUAUGGAGCGUGAUAAAUACAAGGUUCUAGUUGAACAUUUGAAAUCCAAAAAAGUAGUUUCCUCCAAAAUUGCGGAAAAUAACAACGCUUACAGAUUUACUCCAACCAACACUAUAAGUAAUGGCGAUAUGUUUGCACAAACCAAAGACCACAAUAACAUGCUAAAAGUUGAGGUCGAAAUGUUGCGGAGUAAGUUGGAAGAGGCAGCUGGAGACAUCUUGGUACUCAGGAAACAAUUACAAAAUACAAGGCCAUGUAAAGGAUAUGACAAUAAAGAUUUAAGCAACGAUACAACGUACACAGCCGUUGAUUACGAGCGUUUAGUUAACGAUUUGGAAAAAAUGAAGAAAAAGUACCAGCAGAUACAACUAGAUUACAGGGCUACGUUAGAUGAAAAAGAAGAAUUGGUGUCUGAUAGAGAUUACUAUAAGAACAAAGUGCAACGUUUGAACCACCAAAUCAGUUAUCUGCUGUCGAACAGAAGUAAUUUGCCGACGGGGGAGGGCGAAAGCGCCGCUCCCAGUCCGAUAGUCGAUAUCGAAGCUUUAAUAGCCGAAAACAAAUAUUUACACGAGAGAAUAACGCAACUGCAAAUAGAGAACGAACUUAUAAAACGUAAUUUAAGUAAAUAUAAGACUCUAUUGGAUAACAGGAGUAGAAACUAUUCUGUUCAUUUGAAAAAAGGUUUCGCUGACGUCAUGACCCAAAAACAAGUUAAAGAAUUUUUAGAAAACAACCUAAAAUCGAACUCCAAGCACAACUCAGCAGCCGAGCUGAAGUCUGUUUGCCUCGGACUAUUCGAAGCCUUGAACGAUAAGUCGACGGCUCUACAGCAUCAAAGGAAAACCAACCAAAUACUAGCAAGCAGAUUGACAGAAUUGGAGAAGACUUUGGAGGCUUGGUGCAACGGUCAGAAGUGUAUUCCGAUAUUCCCGUCACAAAUGUUGCUAGACGAAUUUAUUCCGGAAACGAGUUCCACGAAGUCGGACGAUUCAAAAAGUCAACAACACACUCCCGAGGACAAUAAUCGAUUCUCAGACAGCGACGACGAGUCACAGCACAACGGAGACGAACAGAAUAGUGAUACGUUAUCGAACGAAUGUAAGGGUGCAACAAAAACUGUUUUGCCCAAAGAGCUAGAAGAUCUUGUUCGAGAGGCACUUGCACAAUUAAAACCUUCUCAGUGAUAGCGUACGCGUAAUAGGGCUAACCACGGAAUUCUCAGUAUCGAUAGAAACAUAUCGAUAAAAAAAUCCCUAAUGAAUAAAAGAACAAUAAUAAUAUAUAUAAUAAAGUUAAAGAAUAAUUUCCAUUUGUCAAAAUCGUUCCUGU